AUCUGGAAACAAGAAUUUUCAAUUCUACAGUGCAGUAUUUUCUUUUGGUGAUGUGUGAAAUACCACUACUGUACAUGUACAUUGCUAGCUUGGAGUGGCAAAGCAGAGGGAAGCAGUCAUGUCGGUGCCCGGCAAUGGUGCGGACUUUUCUGGCAACCGACAAAUGGCAAAGGUAGAGCAUGUGGACCGUACGAACUCUGCCAAUUCUCCUCCGAAUGAGAAGAAUGAAAUUCCUCCUAAAUGGUUCUACAUAUGUUAUAACACCAGACCUAAUGAUCGUCCUCUAGCGUUUGAAGCGUGUGACCUGCGGAGCUUAGAUUCGUGGACCGACCUCUACCUUCAGUGGAGUGUUUUGGAGCGAAGUGACUUGCGAAAUUUGAAGUUGACACGUUGUGAUCUAGAAGGGGCGAAUUUGUGCAAUGUGGACCUGCGCGGAGCGAACCUACGGAACGUCAACUUGAAGAACGCCAUCCUGGACGGAGCCAAAAUUUCACAUGCACAGAUGGUAGGUGUCAGCCUGCAGAAUGCAAGCAUGAAGAACGUGGAGGCGGAGGACUGUCACCUGCUGAAUGUGGAUUUGCGUGGUGCGAACAUCAGCAAUUCCCUAUUUAACCAAAGCAAGCUGGAAGAGGCUAAGAUGACUGAUGUUUCGUGCGAGAAUGCAAGUUUCCGGUUUGCCAAGCUCCUUUGGGUUACGUACAACGAGAGCUGCUUUCUGAAAGCUGACAUGCGUGGUGCUGAAAUCCAGCGGAAAAUCGAGGAAGCGGAAGACCCCAGAACGCAGAAAGUAGACUCUGAUUCGAAGGAAGGACCGAGCACGUCAGCAGCGGUGUCUACAGGCAGCACGCUACUGUCUGCGCCGCUGGCUCUGGAGCAAGGCCCUAGUGUGAACACUCAGAGUGUUGACGGCAUGCGGCCGCAUCCGGGCACGUCGACUUCUGCUAGCAGUGGCACAAACUCGCUCGGUACGAAUACUACUAUGCUGCCCACCUCCAUGCCAAUGGCCGCUUCAACCUCUGUCCCAGCAUAUGAUAUCCGAGCGCCAUCUCUGACUGGCGUGUCGGGCCCUGGCCUGCAUCCAAAUUCUGCUCCUGGAUCGCAAUCCCUUCAGCAAUCCCUUCAGCAACAACAGCCACCGCCACAGCAACAACAGCAGCAGCAACAACAGCAGCAGCAACAACAGCAGCAGCAGCCACAGCAACAACAGCAAAUGCAGCAGUUGCCUCUACAACAGCAGCAGCAGCAAUUGCCUGCCCAGCAGCAGCAGCAAUUGCCUGCCCAGCAGCAGCAGCAAUUGCCUGCGCAGCAGCAGCAGCAGCAGCAAUUGCCUGUGCCUGCUCCCGGUGGUCCUGGCAAUAAUCCUCUUAUUCCGCCGCCAGGUCCGGGUGGGGUCUUGAUGACCAGUGGAGGGGCGAUUCAGCAUUUGAUGCCGCACCCCGGCCCACCCCAACAGCCCCAACAGCCACAGCAGCUACUACCAGGCGUGGGUGGCCCACUCGAGCAGCAGACGAACAUUGUGGAUAACCGCGCUAUGGAGAUGCCGCUCGACCCUAAUCUCCAGCAGCAGCAGCAAAUGCAGCAACAGCAGCAGCCACCGCCACAGCAGUUACAGCAUAUGCCUCAAGUUGCUAUGCACGGUGCCGCUCCACACACAGCCGGUGGCCCUAUGCAGCCGCAGAUGGUGCCGCCACCAGAUCUGAUGAUGGACGAGCACCGGUUCCACGAGGAGCAGGAGCGGGAGCGACAACUGCACGAGGAGCAGGAGCGACGUCGACAGGACGACCAGGGUCGGCUGCACCGCGACGAAAUGGAACGUCUUCGUCACGACCGGCACGACAGGCAUGAUCGACACGAGCGUCGUAGAUCGGAGGACGAUCGGCGACACCGUGGCGAUCAUGCUCGUCGCAACAGGGGUGGUGGCGAUGAUCGACAUCGGGAGCGCAGCGGUGGCGACCGGGACCGAGAUCGCGACAGAGACUUUUCCCCAAUGCGCAAGCGCCCCUACGACGACUCCUUCCUCGGCGGCGGUCCGCCCGGUCCUGGGGGCAAAGGCCCCCGGCCGGACGGUCCAAGAUUUGACAGCGCUCGGCCAGCAUUGCUCGGGGAGUUUCCGAGACCCCCGGGUCCCCGUAUGGCUGGGCCGAAUGGCAUGCAGGCAGGUCCCCCUGGCAUGCACGGCCCUCCGAUGAUGCCCAUGGAUAUCCGAGGUCCUAUGGUCAGGGGUAGUCGUCCACCCAUGUUUGGUCCACGAGGUGGCAUGCCAUAGGCGCGUUCAUUGUGUGUGUGUGUGUGUGUGUGUGUGUGUGUGUGCACAUGUGCGUGUUUGCGUGUGCGGAUGUGUGUGUGCUUGUCUCCAUCUUUGUUUGUCGCCAUAUUGCGCGAUUUGUAUGCCUGACUAUCCUUUCUAACCAGCUUUGCCAGCUUUCGUUCUAUUGCGGUAUUUUGUUCCCCGUGUCAUUGUCCUUUCAUGCUAGGAGCUUUUCUUUGGAACACUUUUUAUGCUGUACAUUUCGCUCGAGAGAUCGUCUUUUCUCUUCUUGUAUUUUGUCCUUGUUCUGCACGUGGUCAGUUGUUUUAUUCUGCCAUUUCUUAUUACUACUAGGUUGUUUUUCAAGCAUGCUCAUACGGCUUCUUUAGUCGGCGAGUUUUUCUUGAGCAAGUUGACACACCGUUAACCGUAUGGCACUGUACAUGUACGGUGCAGAUGAAACGUG